GGGUUUUGAGCUACACAGGAACAGGCACACAAACAAAACAAUGGGCUCUUUCCACUAAAAUUGUAUGCUUGGGCUGACGUACUAUAUAAAGGUACUUGAAUUACUCUAAAUAUGAAUUACAAAUGCAUCUAUAUACAACAUUUUACAAAUGCGUUGCAUUUGCCUCCAUAAUUAGAACCAUAAUAUAUUGUCCGAUAAUCUGCUUUCACAAAUUGGUACCUGGCAAACAAUAAUUUUAAUAGUGAGUGCUGUACAUUAAGUAAACUUCACUACUCUCAGCUUUAACUGUAGUUUUGUUUGACUAAGAAGUUAAUAGCUAUAGAAAAAAAAAUGUUGAAUCUGAAUAAUUUAAAACUGAAAUAUUUACAUAUAACAAAUGUAGUCGACGUCUAGUUGACCCUGUGCUUUGUGUUCAACAACAUUCUUACUAUAAACUAAAUAAGAAACAUAAUGUCAGUAAAAUCAAACGCUAUAAAAUAAGAAGUAGGAGGAGUUUGGAAGUAAGUUACGUAUGAAGUGUGACGUGCCAAUUGAGUACAGUGACUUUAAAUGUGUACAGUGAUUUAUUAUUUUUGAAAGCUAUUUCUUGUAAGUGGUGAUGUGUUAUGUUAUUGAUAUUUGAAGGAGAGCUUCCAGGAAAUUACACCACAUUAAAUACUAAGAGUCCUAUUUGAUGUUUAUAGACCAUCUGACGAAUAGAUUAAUCUAGAGGUACUCUGAGGAGGAGGUUCGGUGGAAAUGGGCUGACUAUCACUAGACUGGCCGAAAGAACCGAGCCCAGAUGUCAGACUUGGAUCUACCCAUUCAUGUACCUUUUAAUUUCCACUUUUGUAACAAAUAGUCGUGUUGCUAUAACUUAUUAUAAAAAUGCAACCAAUGUGUUUACAAUAGUCCAGUCGCUGUUAGCAGUUAAAAACCAUUCAUUUAGCCUCGAGUCCUAUUCACAGUAGAAAACAUAUGACUGAGCUAUACAGGAAGAAACCGCUAGGUUACUGACGCUUCUUCCAACCUAUGAGACGCCGGCUUUUGCGUCUUAGCCCCGCCGUCUUCCAAAGCCGCCCAAUCGUGUUCGAGGAUGCUAACUUCCGCCACAGCGACGGAGCAUGUUUCUUUGUACGAACUGCCCUGAACGAGUGCCGCGAUUGUUGAGCUGCAGUUUGUUUAAACGUGAUUUCUUCAGAACUGUCUCAUCUGUUGGAACCGACGGAAAACGUCUGGGUCGGGUGAGGUAGUUGUCACGCGCGGGUUUUACCGAAAAGUAGUUUGAGUUGUUUGUAGGGACAGCUGCGGUUCCACCAUAGGAAUUUGUCCGUUAGCGGCAGCUAAGCCACCUUGCGGUCCUGCUAGCACCGGGGCUAGCUAACGUUAGCAGCCGCUGUUCUCUAGUUAGAUUUGAUGGAGAUCGCUGAGAAAUGGCUUCGAUAGGCGAUACUCGUCGUUCUAAGUAAGUUAGCAGAGUCGAGAUCGAACAUCGAGGGCUGUUAGCUUAAGAACGACCCAUUUAGCAGAGCUAGCUGAGACGAGGUUGGCUUUCGCCGACGGUCAACAGUAACAGUUAAUUUGCAAGCUUGAUAGUGGCUCUAACGCCAACUGCUUCACUUCGGACAUAAAUAUAAAUAGCAGGGCGCCCGUACAGAAUGAAUGGAUUCAGCACAGAAGAAGACAGCCACGACGGACCGCCCGCUCCGCCGUUCUACGGCCAGAGCUGCUGUCUGAUCGAGGACGGGGAGCGCUGUGGCCGGUCAGCUGGAAACGCCUCCUUCAGCAAGCGGAUCCAGAAGAGUAUAUCCCAGAAGAAGCUGAAACUGGACAUCGACAAGAGUGUGCGACAUCUUUACAUCUGUGAUUUUCACAAGAACUUCAUUCAGAGCGUUCGCAACAAGAGGAAGAGGAAGACCAGUGAUGAUGGAGGGGAGUCCCCAGACCAUGACGUGGAGGUGCCUGAGGUCGACCUUUUCCAGCUGCAGGUGAACACGUUGAGACGCUACAAGCGACACUACAAGCUGCAGACGCGACCCGGCCUCAACAAGGCCCAGCUGGCAGAGACGGUGAGUCGUCACUUCAGGAACAUCCCGGUGAACGAGAAGGAGACGCUGACCUACUUCAUUUACAUGGUGAAGAGCAGCAAGAGCCGCUUGGACCAGAAAGGGGACAGCGGCAAACCACUGGACUGAACCUUAUGAACAACAGUAGCUACGGCAAAACCCGGCUAGUCUGUAAUAACAGUGACGAACACGAAGCAGCUCCUGCAGCCCCGUCCCCUCCCAGCGUCCUCCGUGAAGGACACACAAGAUUGGUCUAGUUUCAUAGAACUCCCUCCACCUUCGCUAAAGACGUCCGAGACCAGGACGCGUGCUGUGAUGUAACAUAGUCAUGUACAAAGUAGAAUCUCCAGUAACUUGCUUGAAUGCAAUGUACAAAAUAUUACUGCCUUAAGAGUACAGAACCCAAAACAUUCAGAUGUUUCCUUUGCCGAGUCGACUGUUAUCACGUCCACAUUGAGGGAUGCUUGUGCCAAACAGGGAGAGUGUUGAACCUUUUUGCAGGACUGAAGGAACCUACAGUCGGGUCCUGGCCCAGAACUGGACGUUACCGAUGGUGAGGAAUGACGUUCAGCCACGAUCCCUGUCCUCGUAUGUAAACACGUGAUACUCUGCACAUGCCAGCUGUUGGUAGCUACUUUCAUUUUUUAGCUUUUUGUUUUCCCUUUUGUCUUUAGUUGAGCCUUAACUCUACAUGCUGUAUAAAGUGGUAAUUGCUUGAAAUAUGAUUUAGAUUUUUCUUUUUCCUCCGUUGGAAGCGUGAGAGUAAUUAUUAGUGUCUUUAAUAUUUAAGAUUGGUGGUUUUUGUCUCGUCCCUUGAGCUGAUACUAAUCACCUGUGGGUGGACUUCAGGAAGUCAGCCUGUUGGACAGAAGGCAGGAACGGACUCGCUAGACGCUGCUGGACUAAUUCAAACACGGCGAUUAUUUGAUGCUCGAAUUCUUCGCCCGUCUCAAACGCCAACAACACCGUUUAAUCUUUUCUGAUUCUGUGGCCAGUUGAAAUAAUCUGAACGGUGAAAACACUGAACAUCUCGUUCUGAUCGCUCGCAUUUAAAUUUGGCUGCACAUUGUUUGAUCUGAGCAGCGGGUUUCAGUUCGUCACACAGGACUGUUACGCUGACUGUGACGACGGCGGCUUUAAUAAGACUGAUCCAUCACUGUGUCUGUAGGUUGUUGAUGCUGACACCUUUUGUUUUCCCUCCUUUUAAAGCAUCAUUUCCUAGUUGGAUUGUGUUUUAUGAUGGUGACUAAAUUAUUAUUUUCAACUUGGCAGCAAAUAUUUAAAUCUCUCCAUCACACUGAGUUUGUCCACUUUUCUUUAGCAUCUGUUAAGUUUUCAUUUUGCUUGUAGGUUUGUUAGUGACAUGUAGGUAACCUCUGACUUUAUUAACAUAUAGGCCACAUUAACCUAAGUGUUGUAAUAGAGAAAACAUAUUUAAAUAACUGCUUAUUGCUCCAAUAAAAUAAUAAUAAUAAAUGUAUUGUACAGGAAGA